UGGAAAGAGUGCAAGUAACUUGGGACGUCCAAAAAGGAAAUAAGUGCGAGUAGUGCUGGAAGGAUGAAGUAUAAUUUGUUAAAAAGAAUAGUAAACUCUAGUAUUUAUUUUUAUAAUCUGCUGACAAAAAGAGGAAGAGGAAGCAUUAAUUUUAAAAUGUUAUAAAUAUAAACACUGGUCACACUUUUUACCUCGACGCACACGGCACACCCAAACCUCAUAAAAUAAAACCCUCUCUCUCUCUCCCUAUUUUUCAACAGACAACCAGAAAAUUGAAGAAAAAGAAGAAUGGGCGUUGAAUUACCGACCGAUUUUAAAUGCCCCAUUUCUUUAGAGAUAAUGUCCGACCCCGUCAUUCUCUCCUCCGGCCACACCUUCGAUCGCCCCUCCAUUCAGCAGUGGCUCGACGCUGGCCACCGCACCUGCCCAAUUUCUAAGCUUCCCCUUCCCCAACCCCCUUCCCUCAUUCCCAACCACUCCCUCCGCAGCCUCAUUUCCACUUACACCCUCCUCUCCUUCCCUCAACCAUUCCACCCCAAUCCCCAAUCCCUCAUCCACCUUCUCAUUUCUCGCUCCUCCCACAUGGAAGAAAAGCUCAAUUCCCUCGACCAACUCCGCCGCCUCUGCAAGGGCGACCCCUCGAUUCGCCCCCGGCUAGCCGAGUCCGGGGCCGUGCCGGCGGUCCUGAACUGCAUCGACUCCGGCGAGCCGCGGCUCCAGGAAAAGGCCCUUCUUUUGGUUCUCAAUUUGAGCCUCGAUGACGACAGCAAGGUAGGGCUGGUGGCGGAGGGUGUCGUGGCGAAGGUCGUCUACGCGCUUCACUGCGGCGUUGGGGACUCACGCGCGGUGGCGGCCACCGUGUUGACCAGCCUCGCCGUGCUCGAAGUCAACAGGGUCACGAUCGGGUCCUUCCCGGAUGCGAUUCCGGGCUUGGUAUCCCUCCUGCAGAUGGGCGGCGCAAGAGAGAGAAAGGAGGCAGCCACCGCAUUGUUCACGCUGUGCUCCUUCUCCGAUAAUCGGGCCCGGGCAAUUCAGAGUGGGGCGGUGCCAAUUUUAAUCCAAAACGCCGCUUCGGGCCUCGAGCGGGCCGUGGAGGUCCUCGGCCUGCUCGCAAAAUGCAAGCUUGCGCGAGAUGAAAUGCUGAGGUUUUGUGGGGUUUUGGAUAUUUUGAUAGGGAUUGUGCGGAAUGGGAGCUCCAGGGGCGUGCAGUUUGCUCUGCUAACGUUGAGCUCCCUGUGUUGCUAUAGUGAUAAGAUGGGUAUGGAAGCUUCGAGAGAAGGGCUGAUUGAGACGUGUGUAGGGUUGUUGGAGGAUGAUAAUGAGAAGGUCAGGCGGAACGCCAAGAUGUUGAUUCAGAUAUUGCAAGGGAAGAGUAAAAACGUAUGAUGUUGUUGUUGAUUCAACAUUCAUUUAAUUCAAGUGUGAUAAAAAAAAAAUUUGAUCUUGAAGGUGAGUUUUUGAAAAGUUUUCACUGUCAUUGGAUAGCUAGCCGUUAUUGUACAUUUUCAAAUAAUCAGGUGAUACACAAAAGAGGAGUAUAUACUGAAUGUUCAAAUUUUGAUAUUGAA